CGCGGAGCUGCCUUUACUGAGAGGACGUCAAAACAGCAAUGCGAUGAUCACAAGGAUUAUUUUGGAUCCGUGGUGGGGGCACUGAAGAUAAUACGAAGGAUCACACUGCUGACAUAGGUUACAUAUCGCACCAGGUUCGUGAUUGGAAUGUGUGCAGGAUGAGCAGCACAUUUGUGACAUUAGCUGAAGUACUGGAGGCUCGAGGGGGACCUCUGCUGGAGGAGGAGGUCUGGUCCCUGCUGCUGGCCACUGCAGAGUCUUUAGUGGAUGCCUCUUAUAAGGGUCAGAACAACAUGUGUAGUAUCAUAAGCCCCACCUCUUUGCUGCUGUCAGCCACUGGUACCUUAGCAUUUAAGAAUUGUGGCCUAUCAGAGGAUGUUUCCACCUUCACCGCUCCAGAGAUGCUGCAGGGCCGUGCCAGCUCAACCAAACCUGCUGUAGAGAGGAUGCUGGUGUAUUCACUGGGUAUGACUCUCUACUGGUCGGUUGAUUUUCACCUACCUCAAAAUCAGCCGGUCCAGUUGAGUGACCACCUGAACAGCCUCCUGCUCAGCAUGUGUGAGGAACUGGCCCACCGCAGGUUGAACCUCAUCUCCAUCCUGGAAGCCUGCGAGUCUCAGCACAAAACCAACAUCCUGCCGCCACCCCCCACAGUCAUCCGACAGCUGGUGGAGGAAGUUUUUCACGAAUCAAUGGACCAUGGCUCUCUGCCAGACAGUCAGGUCCCUUUGAGUGGCAGGAGCCAGAUGAUCAGAGAGAGACUUCAUGGAAAGAAAGGGCCACUUUCAGACUUCAGCGAAGGGAGUGCUGAAGGGAGAAGAUACUCAACGGACUCUGACUCAAAGUCAGUUAAUUUACCUCAGAGACCUUGGAGACAAAGACCAAGGAGCUCUCCCACACCGCUGUACCAGUCUUCUUUAGAAAGACUCCCUCGUGGGGUCCGUCACAGGGACAGCAACUGCAGUUGGCUUGGUAGGAGCCCCCAACACGACUCCUCUCCCAAAAUAUCAGGCAGAUCGCACAGUCCUUCCAUCACCUUCAGCGAAUCCUCCAUCAGCCUGAGCCAGAGGACAUCGAAGGCUUUGGGUCCUGAGUUCGUCAGAAUGCCAGAUGAACAACACAUUGUUCUCGAUCUCCCAGGAUCUAUUGUGUCCAGAAAGGGCCGUUCGUGUUCGUCUCAGAGAGAAGUGACUGUAGUUCUGCUUAACGGGCAGUAUGUGGUGGUGCGCUGUGACAUUAAGUCCAGAGGAAGAGAUGUGUUUGACAUGGUGGUGGCUCAUGCAAACUUGGUGGAACACUUCUACUUUGGUCUUGCCUUUAUAGAUGAUGAUGAAUAUUUUUUCUUGGAUAAUGAAACAAAAAUCUCCAAAAUUGCACCUGACAGUUGGAGAAAAGGGCAGAUUUUGUCCUUUUUGGUGUUUCUGCGAGUCAAAUUUUUUGUUGAUGAUAUGUCCUUUGUUUUGCACAAACUGACUCGACACCAGUACUACUUACAAGUGCGUAAGGAUCUCCUGGAGGACAGGCUUUACUGUAACGAGGACACUGGCUUGUUUCUGGCUGCUCUCGCUCUGCAGGCUGAGUUUGGGGAUUACAUGCCAGAGCUUUAUGGUAAGAAUUACUACCAGCCAGAGCAUUAUGUGUCCAAGAGAAUGCUAGAGAAGCUGGCCCUGCCCAAUGUCAAGGAAGAAUUGCCAAGACUACAUGCAAGUCAUUCCCAGAUGCUUCCUGAAGAGGCAGAAACAGAGUACUUAAAGAUUGUCCAGCAAUUACCGGAGUAUGGGGUUAUGUUCCACCGUGUGGGGAGAGAGAAAAGGACAGUGGUGGGAGAGUUGGUUUUGGGAGUCUGUGCCAAAGGAAUAAUUGUGUACGAGAUGAAGAACCACCUCCGAACCGUCACCAGACGCUUCCUCUGGAGGGAAACCGACACCAUAUCAACUGGGCGGCGUAAAUUGAUCAUAGAGUGUGGCGGGCCCAGUGGAAAAAAGCACAGUUUUAUAACAGAAAGCUCAAAAAUAGCACAGUACUUCCUGAACCUCUGCUCAGCACAGCACAAGUUUCAUAGUGAGAUGACGUCAAGACAACUUAACCACACUAUCAUACCAGAUGAAAACAUGAAGUACAUGACCGUAUACAGAGACCGUAACCUGAACCUGAAGCAGUUCUCCUGCUCAGAGGGCAUGUUGAACCAUGUGGGUUUGACACCUGGUCAACCAGACUCCCUCUCCAAGUCCUGUGAGAACCUGACUGCCAAACUGGAGGCGAGGCUGCGCCAGCAGAGGGAGAUAAGGAGGGAGAUGAGCAGAGAGCUGAACAAGGAGCUCACUGAAGCUGAAGACCUGGGGGACAUGAAGGAUCAACAGUGUUGGAGCACUCCAGAGCCGAUUCCCAGAAUGAUGUCCAGUGUGUCACUACAGAAGCAGGACUCUGAAGCCUCGUUCUCCAUACGUGUUGAUACACCAACGAGGACCCCACCAGAGAGAGAGAUAGUCUGUGUGACCCUGAAGAAAGAUCCCAAACUGGGCUUUGGCUUUGUGAUAGUGGGCGAGGACAAUACAGGAAAACUGGACCUCGGGAUCUUCAUUGCUUCCGUUGUGUCGGAUGGCCCUGCGGACAAAGAUGGACGAAUAAAACCUGGUGGACGUCUCAUCUCCCUCAACAAGACAAGUUUGGAAGGAGUGACAUUCACUGACGCUGCUGCCAUCCUACAGAGCUGCCCAGACGAGGUGGAGCUCAUUGUGUCCCAGCCUAAAUACUCUCUAAAGGACAGAAGGGGUUCAUUUAGUCAAAGUACCCUGGGUUUGGCGCUGGAGAGGGGCUUUGGGUCACAGAGCACACUGUGCAGCGCAGAUUUUCGUCCCGUUGUGGAGGAACUGGAGGAAGCCAUCUCUCUGUCCAACACGGCAACCACCAGACAGAGCAGGAGGCUUCACAUUCCUGUGGUGCGAAUACAUGACGCCAAGGAUGUGUGUUCGAGGUCUCCCUCUAUCAUAAGUUUAAGAAAUGGCGAGCGCUUUGUAGUGGAGCUGAAGAAAAGCAACGGUAGUCUUGGCAUCAGUGUUGCAGGAGGAAUAAACACCAAUGUGCGAUAUGGAGGCAUCUACAUCAAGACUCUGGUGUCUGGAGGUGCUGCAGAGCAGGACGGGCGCAUUCAGAUUGGUGACAGACUGCUGGAGGUUGAUGGGUCCAACCUGAGGGGCGUGACUCACCCCCAAGCUGUCGAGUGCCUGAAGAGGACUGGGGAGAGUCAUCCAGGGCUGACGGUCCCUCAGUCCCCCAAGACAGCCUGCACUGAAACCUUGAAGCUGCCUGUUCCCUGCCUGAGAUCAGUUAAAGGGACAGUUCUCAACCCCAACAAAACCUUCCUUAUUCCCCUCUGUCUCCUCUUUUUCCUAGAAAAUAUGCAUGAAGUGGUGCUGAAGAAGAGUUUGUCUGGCCUCGGCUUUAGCUUUAACAUCUCACAUAUGCACUCGGGGCCAGACCGGGGCAGCGUGGUCCGCAUCAAACGUCUGUUCCCGGGUCAACCAGCGCUAGAGAGCGGCCUGCUGCGAGCUGGAGACGUCAUUCUGUCUGUCAACAAAGAGCCUGUGAAAGACCUCUCUUACCAGAGGGUUUUGUUCCUGCUACGUGGAGCUCCAUCUGAAGUUCAUCUACUAAUCUGCCGACCAGGUCCUGGAGUAUUGUUCGAUUUGGAUGACAACACACUGAGUCCUGCUUACUUCCGUGAGGUUCGAUCUCAGUCUCUGGACAUCCGACUAGGAGACGACUACAGCCAGCUCCUCAGAUUUCAAUAUGAUUCUAUAAUAUCUGCCCAGAAGCAGGCUCCCACCCCUGAGGAGGAUCUGACAGACACAGCAGAGGAAACCCCAGAUCCUCCUGCAGCUCCAGCACUCCCAGAGACCCAGGAGAGUCUGGAUGGUAAAGUGCAGGCACACCAGACUCCUCCGUCUCGUCCUCGCUCACCCCCGUCACCCACCUCCCCUAUAUCACCUCCGUCACCAGUCUCACCUGCCUCACCUGCCUCCCCAGUAUCGCCUCACCCACCCGCCUCACCCAUCUGUGGCUCUCCUCCAGCUCAACCAGAGGUGCAACCAACCACUGGGAAACCAGAGGAACAACAGGAAGUAGAAGCAAGGAAGCAGAACAAGGACAGAGAUGAGAAAGAAGAAGUGGAGGUUGCAACGACAAAAGGCUCAACUGUGAUGCUUAUGGAUGUCUGCCCUAAGUCUGGAUCGAAAUAUGUAUAUGCAAGUGGAGUCAGAGAGGAUGCUGAUGGCAGUGUAACCUACUGCCUGAUGGGAAAUGGACUGACUAUCAUGGCAGAUGAAGAGUACCUGACGAUCAGCUCCACAAUGGAGAACCUUCGCAGCCCCCCUUCCAAUGUGUCCACUCAGACUCCAUCAUCCAACGUCAAAGACCUCCACCCUCGAACCUCUGACAGGACUUCUAGUUUCAGCUCUCACGAUCCCACCCUCGCUCCUAACCUGCCCACGACCACCGUCUCGCCCCUCAGCCUCUCGUCUGACUCCCCGACCACUCUCUCCCUGGCCCACCCAUCCCCACCUCUCACCACACAGCCACCGAAAGCCAAGCACCACCCGAUCCAGCAGGGUCUGCUUUCAAGUCACUACAAAGCCGUCGGCAAGAAUAGUCGGCCUCUGGUGUCCCCACCCCAGCCUCUGCCUGCAACCUCGACCCCCAUCACAGCGCAGGUCGGCCCCUCUGUGCCUCCCUGUGCCAGCCCACCUGCCCCGACACCGCUGCCCGCCCAGAGCCACACACAGCAUAGGGAAGAGCCCGAGAAGAGAGAGAGGGAAUACAAGGAUUACGAUUACGAGGAGAGUGAGGAAGAGGAGGCAGAGAAUCGGAGAAAGUGCUUUGUUAAAGAGUUUGAGCUGUCAGUGGAUCUGACCAAGUCGAGGAAUGGAAGCUUUGGGUUCACCAUCACUCGAAGCAAGCUGGACAACUGCUACUACAUCCAGGAAAUACUGGACAACCCAGCAAAGUCAGAUGGACGACUCCGGGCGGGAGACAGGCUCAUCACAGUAAACAGACAUGAUGUAACCAGUGUGGCAGAUGAUGUUGCCAUGACAAUUCUCAGGUCAACUCCGAGAAGACUGAGCAUGACUGUGGGGAGAGCUGUGACCAACCUGGUGGCCCCGCCGUCCUGCGACAGCCUGCCUGAUGUAGUUAUCUACAAGACCACCUCAGGACAGCUGGGUAUAAAGCUGACAGGAGGCAUCGGCAGCAAAUGGCAGGGCAUCUACUGUCUGCAGGUGGUGCCAGGCUCCCCAGCCAGCGAGGAGGGCAGCGUCCAACCCAAUGACAAGAUCCUCUAUAUCUGUGGCAGGUGCACCCUGGGAAUGACCCUGGAGGACGCAGUCAAAGCCUGUGAGAUCGCCCCUCGUAAAGUCAAGCUUAAAAUCAUCAGAGAAGACCAGCCCUUGAACCCCAAGGCUAAGUGGAACGGUCUGUUUGACUGGAAAAAGGAAAAGAAGUUCUUAGCUCGUUUCGAAGAGCCCGUCUCUCCAGAGAAAGAGUCUCCUUCCGAAGAUGCCGAACCUGUGUCUAGAUCUUCUGGAAAUUACAGAUGUCAAUCUAUCACACAGGAACAUGAUAAUUGCAUCAUGCAGGUGGAGUUGAAAAAACCAGAAGGAGGAGGCCUUGGCUUUGCUUUGAUCGGGGGAACCAAUGGCAGCAUGCUCAGAGUGAGAGAAAACUGCUCUGGUGGAGUCGCUGAGCAGGAUGGUCGUCUGAGAGUGGGAGAUAUUCUUUUAGAGGUGAACGGUGUGAUUGUGUCCGGGCUCAGCCACAGUAAGGUGGUGGAUAUUCUGCGCAAAGCUGAAGGCUCUGUACAGCUCACAAUCUGCAGAGACAGGCCUCUGACCUACUGCGAGUCCCCGACACCGCCCAGCAUGUCUGCUAAGGAAGCUGUUUUAGCCGAGCAGCCGGCUGCUGUCCCCAGCCAUGGCAGCUGUUCCUCUCCUGACAUCAUGCUGAGAAAACCAGUGGAGCGCCCGCCUGAGGCCACAUCAGACCCUUUGGUCAAUGAAGCUCGUGUUUUCGUUGCCUCAUCGCCUCCUCCACCACGCAGACUGACCAUCGUAACUGAUGGCAUUACAAUUAUACCGGAGAGCUGUAACAAUAGCCCUUCUCAUCAAGCCUGCUGCCCACCCCUCAAUGUCACUGACAUGUUGCAUGGAGCUUCUGACAGGAAACAAAUUGUGACCAAACUUUUGGACCGGUCCUGCAAAGACAUCCGGAAAAAACAGUCAGACGGCUGGAGCAGCGAAGAGGAAGAUGAUGAUGUGUUUGACGAAACGUGUCGAGAAACCACACCCCAAACAGGCCCACCCAUAGUCUCAGAGGACGAACUAGCCAGUUUAGCUCUCAUUAGCCCCUCGAGGACCAGUCAGUAUUCAGGCUGCAGAGUCAAAUCCCUCAUCCAUAUUCUGCAGCAUCAACUGGACCAGCAGGAACUGGUCAAAGAGUUCAUGACUCUGGAGCAUCUGAAGCCUUCUGACAACUGUCUGGUUGGAAAAGCUCCUGAGAACAGAGAUAAGAACCGCUACAGAGACAUCCUACCCUAUGACGAAACCCGUGUUGCCAUUGGAGACAAGCAGGACUACAUCAACGCCAGCUACAUCCGCAUGAAAGUUGGCGAAGAAGAGCUCUUCUACAUCUCCUGCCAGGGCCCUCUGCCUACCACAGUGCCAGCUUUCUGGCAGAUGAUCUGGGAAAACAAGUCUGACGUCAUCGCCAUGAUGACCCAGGAAGUAGAACGGGGACGGGUCAAAUGUCACAAGUACUGUCCAGAGAAGCUUUCCGUGCCUCUGGACACAGGCAGGUACCAGCUUCACCUGGACAACCAACAGUACCUGGAGCACUUCCACAUCAAGAUCAUCCGCAUGGUGGAGACAGAGACCGGGGAGACACAUUUUGUCCGUCACCUGAAGUUCACACACUGGCCUGACCACGGAGUGCCGAAAAGCUCUGAGCAGCUGGUCCGUUUCAUCCGCUACAUGAGGGCGGUGCACCAGAAGGGACCGGUCACUGUGCACUGCAGCGCCGGCAUCGGACGCACAGGAGUUCUGAUCUGCACUGACGUUAUCCUCAGCCUCAUUGAGAACGAUCUGCCUAUUAACGUGAGCGAUGUCGUAAAAGAGAUGAGACUCCAGCGCCAUGGGAUGAUUCAAACCAAGGACCAGUACUUCUUCUGCUACAAAGUCUGGUUGGAGGUUUUACAAGGCAUUUUACAGCUUCACGGCAACCAAUGGCAACCGGAAAGUCCCCGAGACCACAAAUUAGUUUGAAUGUUUCCACCUACGGUUCACCCACCUGUAAAGCACAGACUGCGUAUGAGUAACACAUGCAGUCUAUCAAGUUAGUUUGGUUAGCUAUAAUAAGAAUGCGUACUCCUGUUUUGAUACUUUGUGUUGAGGAGGCCGAAUGUUUAGUUCCAAUGACGUCAAUUUUAACGUUUUUUGUUCUCUCGGUGCUGUGAUUAUAUUCAUUUAAUUUAGUCACUGAGGUUGUUUUGCCUUUCCAGGCUUAGUGAUUUGCCUUCUGUCUUUAGCAUCUUUUUGCGUCAGUUUGUGAAUUAAUCUAAUUUACUUUUUAUCCAUGUCCUUUUUUUUGCAAAUUGCAUUUAUUUUUAAUGCUUAUAAUGCAUGGAAUUUAAAACCUUAGAAUAUUCGCAACUUUUAUCUGGCAGUUAUGUCAUUGAAGUGCACAAAUGAACAUGAGAUCAUCAUACCACAGGGAGUAUCUGUUUGAAACCUUGAGUAGCAUUUGAUUAAGCAUUGAGUUAUCAUUUCAUUAAGUGCAUUCGUACCCUGGAGAAAAGGGCAUUAGCAAAAGAACACUAUUGAUUUGUCAGUUCAUCAUCUACGGAAAUGUAAAGAAUCAAGUGCCUUGGAAUGACUCACACCGCUUGCUCCACAUUGACCUCGAGCCACUUGUCACAAGCGGUCGGGGAUGGAGAGCAGGAAACGGAUUUGAGAGCACCCGGGGGUGGUUAGAUUGAAUGUGCAGCUUUCAAUCUGUUUGAGAUCUGAGGUGAUCCAAACCAGAGGAGGAUUACAUCUCACCCUUUAGUUUAAUUGUAAUUUAGAAACAAUGUGAAGUUUGCACACCGCCUCUCAAUCUGUCUUUGUUUGUGGGCCCAUUUUAUACAAAACACUAUCACAGUAAAGUCUUACUACACAUAAUCACAACUUGCACAUCCUGAUACAGAUAAAGAAUUAUUCAACAUAACAAAUCUUUGAAUAAAUUCAUGAAUUUUCAAUUUACUCUAAAAAUGUACAAAACGGAUUUAAAUAGUUAGUUGCUGGGCUUUCAGGUGUAUUUUGUUAUGUGACAACAUCCUCUAUCUGUAUUCCAUAGCUAUUUUAAUACAAAUCCAGCCAA